UCCGAACCGAUAUCCAAUUUCCGACCCAAACCUAGUAAACAGAGUGAUGCUAAACCCUGACUCAGAGCCACUCAGACCCAAAAAAAAAGGAUGAAGCUUUUUCUAAGGAAUGCUUCUUCAAUAACCUUAAACCCUAAAUUAGCGAGUACGAUUCUUCCUUCAAUCCUCGUGAAACCCUUUUCUCAAUCCACCACCAUUCCCAAGAAACAAGAUCGAGUUCGUGACCAUGGCUACGACAAUUACAUGGAAGUCGAGAAAAAAAUCCGUAAAGUCAUCAAAUUUCACAGCUUGAUUCUCUCACAACCAAACAACACCAUCGCAAUCUCUCUCCUAGACACGUUAGCUCGUCGUCUAGGUCUCGGGUUCAAGCAACACGAGCCAGGCGCUUUCCUCCUCAAAUUCCCACACGUGUUCGAGAUAUACGAGCACCCAGUUCAACGAAUCCUCUAUGCUCGAUUAACAAGAAAGGCUUUGGAUCAAAUCCGCGACGAGCACGAAGCUCUUCUCUCCCAAAUACCCGACGCAGUGACCCGGUUGAGGAAACUCGUGAUGAUGUCGAAUACGGGUCGGAUCCGUCUUGAGCAUGUAAGGAUCGCUCGCACUGAGUUUGGUCUCCCUGAAGAUUUCGAGUACUCUGUGGUUCUGAAACAUCCAGAGUUCUUUAGGCUCAUUGAUGCUGAAGAGACUCGAGAUAAGUACAUUGAGAUUGUGGAGAGAGAUUCUAGUUUAACGAUUUGUGCGAUUGAGAGAGUUAGAGAGAUUGAGUAUAGAACAAAAGGUAUUGAUGCAGAGGAUGUUAGAUUCUCAUUCGUUGUGAAUUUUCCUCCUGGUUUCAAGAUUGGAAAGUAUUUUCGAAUCGCUGUUUGGAAAUGGCAGAGACUUCCUUAUUGGUCACCUUAUGAGGAUAUAUCUGGUUACGAUUUGAGAUCAAUGGAAGCUCAGAAUAGAUUAGAGAAGAGAGCUGUUGCUUGUAUCCAUGAGUUGUUGUCUUUGACUCUUGAGAAGAAGAUCACGCUUGAGAGAAUUGCUCAUUUUAGAAAUGUUAUGAAUUUGCCUAAGAAGUUGAAAGAGUUUCUUCUGCAGCAUCAGGGGAUAUUUUAUAUAUCGACUCGUGGGAAUUAUGGGAAGCUUCAUACGGUGUUUUUAAGAGAGGCGUAUAAGAGAGGGGAGUUGGUUGAACCAAAUGAUGUGUAUUUAGCUAGGAGGAGAUUAGCUGAGCUUGUGUUGAUGAGUCCUAGAAAAGCUAAGGUUGAUGCAGAGUUGGUUAGCUACAGAAAUGGAUUGGAUGAUGAAGAUGAUAUUGAAUGAACGUACGAGUUUCUUGACUGUUGCUUUAUCUACACUCUCAUUCUCUGGGCAUUAUGCAGAUUUGGACUGAUGAUGAUGAUGAUGAUGAAUUGGUGGUUGUGAAAAGAUGCUUCUUCACUGGGAUGGGUAAAUGAUUGUGAAGCUCACUAAUUGUUCUGUGACAAUUUGAAUCGAAGAAGAAAGAUGCCAACAAGAUUGCUUACUUCAGCUGCAAGAUAUACUUUGGCUCUACUCUUUCUCAUCAGCAUUAUACCUUAUCUCGAUUCUUGAUUUUGGCAAGAUACUGGUUCUGGAAUAUUUUUAGCCUCAAGUCCCCUGUGGUUUAAGCCAAGAAUCCUUAUUACCUGUCUACUUGUUGCAAACCAAAUAAAAAAGGUUUCUUUGCUUAUGCAAGUACCCCCAUAAGCAUCAACAAAAAGACAAUUCUUUUGUAAUAAAUAUCUUGAACUUGUAAAUGUCUUGGCCUUUGUCAUUUUCCAUUUUCAUCAUCACCAUCACGUGAUUGGCUAAUACAAAUAACUACUUUUCUA